GUGCAGAAGAGAGGGGAGUUUCAGAAAUCAGGAACUCAUGGGAAACUGAAGAACAAAUCACAGUGCAGGAAACAGAUCCCUCCGAUCAACCACGUCCUUCAAUACUACUUUCAAGAGAUGGAGAGGCCAAAGCUGAUUUUUUGUGUACAUCUCCUGGGAUUGCUAUGCUUCACAUAUGUGGUUUGCGGCCAAGAUGGAUCCGUAUAUCUAGAUUGUGGAUAUAUGGGAGCAGAGUAUCUGGAUCCAAGCACAACCAUCCAUUAUACUUCUGAUGCGAUGUACAUCGAUACCGGUGAACCUAUGACCAUCAACAACUCUUCCUUGUCAACUCAGUAUCAGUCACUUCGAGCAUUUAAACAAGGAAAAAGGAACUGUUACAACGUGACUGGUUUGACACACAACCGUACAUAUUUGAUCCGAGCAUGGUUUGUGCAUGGAAACUAUGAUUCCAGCUUCCAGCUGCCAAAAUUUGAUCUUUACUUAGGGGUCGAUCAUUGGUUCACGGUGAACCCCCAAAAUUUCAAAGAUCAAGUAUGGACUGAGACAAUGAGCAUAAUUAUGACAGAAUAUGUGGCAGUAUGUCUCGUGAAUAUAGAUCUUGGAACGCCAUUCAUAUCUGCAUUGGAACUUCGGCCAUUGGCGGGCUCCAUGUACCCCGUUGUCAAUCCUUCGCGUUCUUUAACCACCUUGGUGAGGAGGGAUAUAGGGAGCUCAUCUGACACAGCAGUCAGGUACAUGUUGGACCCAUAUGAUCGAGUAUGGGAGCCCUACACCUCCAAAGACUGGGUCCCUCUCAACUUUUCUUCAUUCGUCAUUGACUCCAAUGACGAACUACAACCACCAGCAGUAGUCAUGGAGACAGCGGCACAGCCCUCAGACCCAAAUGGCAGCAUCAGCGUUAGCUGGGACCCACCAACAUGGGACCCCGAUUCACCCUUCUUCUUUUGCUUCUACUUUUUUGAAAGCACUCCUGGCUCCCGAAUUGUGGUCGUGGAACUCAAUGGAGCAGAGUGGGACACAAUGAACACAACAAUUAACACCUGGCUGUGUACGAAGGAGCCUGAGCGGCGGUUUAGCCAAUAUCACGUCACUUUCAGAGCACCAAGUGCAUCAAGCUUCCCUCCCAUUCUCAAUGGGUAUGAGGUCUAUGUGGCCAAUAUGCGCUCUCAAUUAGCAACUGAUGCUGGAGAUGUUGCAGCACUUAUGGAUAUCAAAGAUAAACUCAGACUGACGAACAGGAGUUGGACUGGAGACCCAUGUUUUCCAGAAGACUACUCAUGGGAUGCCUUGACCUGCAAUCAAGCACCAAACCGUCGAAUUAUUGCACUGGAUCUCUCGGGCAGUGGAUUGAAUGGAGAAAUACCGGCCUCUAUAGCCAACCUGAAUGAGCUUACAUCACUGAACCUAUCAAAUAAUCAGCUGACAGGUCCCAUACCAGAACGUUUUGCUCAUCUGACCAAACUAACGUCAUUGGAUUUGUCAAGAAACAAUCUAACAGGGCUGGUUCCAAGCACAUUAAUAGAUAAAAACAACAGUGGAGUACUUCUAUUACGCAUUUUCCAAAAUCCCAGCCUUCUAAGACCCAACUCCUCUGAACCAACUCAAAAGAAGAGCAAGAAGAAUGUGUUUAUUGUUGUGAUAUCUGUUAGUGCAACAAUGGUCUUGCUCUUUGCCUUUGCAUUUAUUCUGAUAAUGAAGAGAAGGAAAAUAAAUGGAACAAAGAUCUUAAGCAUGAGAAACAGAAAAAAUUCAUCAAAUUCAGAUGGCGCUCGAGCAUUUACACACUCUGAGAUUGUUAAAAUAACCAAUGACUAUGAAAAGGUCAUUGGUCAGGGAGGAUAUGGGACUGUCUUCUAUGGGCGCCUAGCUGAUGGCCGUGAAGUUGCUGUCAAGAUAUUGUCCAAAGACUCACGACAAGGAGUCAAGGAAUUCUCUGCUGAGGUCAAACUGUUGAUGAGAGUUCAUCACAAGUAUUUGGCCUCCUUGAUAGGAUUCUCUGAGGAAGACAAAGAGAAGAUUCUUGUCUAUGAAUAUAUGCCUAAAGGAAAUCUAUAUUCGAUCCUGUCAGACAAGAGAAGCAACUCAAUAGUACUAAACUGGGAACAACGAAUCCAAAUAGCUCUGAGUGCUGCACAAGGAUUGGAGUACCUACAUUAUGGAUGCAAACCGUCAAUUGUUCACAGAGAUAUCAAGACAUCCAACAUCCUUUUAAAUGAGAAAUUCGAAGCCAAAUUAGCAGAUUUUGGGUUGUCCAGAUUCGGGCCAACCGAAGGAGAUACUCAUAUAUCAACUACUGUUAUGGGCACACCGGGAUAUGUGGAUCCUGAGUAUUACAUUACCAACCAGCUAAAUGUGAAGAGUGAUGUUUAUAGCUUUGGGAUAGUUCUCUUAGAAAUUAUCUCAGGUCAGCCGGCAAUAAUUAAGGAGGAAGAAGCAAUUCAUAUAGUACAAUGGGUAACUCCCAAGGUUGUAAGAGGGGAUAUUGAAAGUGUGAUGGAUCCACAGUUGCAAGGCGGGUACGACAUUAAUUCUGCAUGGAAAGCUGCAGAAAUAGCACUGGCAUGUACAUCGCAGUCUGCUAUGCAGAGGCCCACCAUGAGUGAUGUUAUCAGUGAAUUGAAGGGAUGCAUCGAGCUGGAGCGCUCCCGUCUCAAAAGGAGAAGCUCAAGAAAGGAAUCCUUCACAUCAAUCAGCAUGGAAUCAGAAAUCCUGUUUCAUCCUUCAACAAGGUAGUGAGCACGGCAGUUUUAGGCAUAAGACCAACCAUUGUAGUUAUUUAUUUGGAGCAGCAACGAAUAUAUGCCAAUGCCAGAGUUCGCAAUUAAAUCAACAAAACCAGGAAAUGUUUUCAUCACCAUUUUUCUCUUAUGGUUGUUCCCAAUUAUGAAAAGCCACAACCAAUAUAUGUAUCUUGGACACCUCAUUUGAAAAGUCAACGUAGGACUUCUCAUA